AUGCAAUUCAAAAAUUUAAUAGUUACUUCAGCCUUAACCGGUUUAGCCUUAGGAGCUGCUAACAACUCCACUUUAACUACUGCUACCCCAACCGUCGCAAGUGGUUGUACUUUCUCCGAUUUCACUGCCACUGACUCUGCUCAAGUUGCUCAAGUUGCUGCUUGUGAAACCGCUGUUGGUGAUAUUACUGUUCAAGGUACUGCUUUUGGUGCUAUUGAUAUUACUGGUGUUCAAGCUAUUUACGGUAACUUUACUGUUCAAAAUGCCACUCAAGCUGUUACUCUUAACGCUCCAACUUUACAAAUUGUUUCUGGUACUUUAGAAUUAAAUGCCAACACUAUUUUAGCCACUGUUAACUUUGCUCAAUUAACUACUGUUGACACUUUACAUUAUAAUGCUUUACCAGCUUUAGAAACUACUGGUUUAACUACUGGUAUUACUUCUGCUAACUCAGUUAUUAUCGAAGAUACCGGUUUAACUUCAUUAGAUGGUAUUAAUGUUUUCCAAUUAGGUACCUUCAAUGUUAACAACAAUGGUGAUAUCGAAUCCAUUAACUCUGGUUUAGAAUCUGUUACUGAUCUUUUAUCUAUUUCUUACAAUGCUGAAAAAGUCGAUGUUGUUUUAGAUAAAUUAACUUCUGCUAACAAUGUUAUCUUCCAAUCUGUUAAUUCAUUAUCUACCAAGAACUUAACUUCUAUUAACGGUUCAUUAUCUGUUACCUUAACUUCAUUAGAUACUCUUGAAUUCUCACUCUUGAAAUCUAUUGGUAACUCUUUAACCAUUGCUCACAAUGAUGAAUUAGAAUCCUUAGAUUUCCCAGUCUUAACCAGUGUUGGUGGUGCUUUCCAAAUUUCUGACAAUCCACUUUUAACCUCAUUUGAUGGUUUCGGUAAUUUAAGUCUGAUUGGUGGUUCAGUUAACAUUAACGGUACUUUUGAUAACGGUACUUUCUCCGCUUUAACUAAAGUUGCUGGUGGUUUCACUUUAAAGACUGAUGGUACUUUAUCUUGUUCUGAAUUUGAACAAUUAAACUCCUCAGGUGAUAUUAAAGGUGAUAAAUACUAUUGUUCAGGUGCUGGUGGUGCUUCUUCAUCAUCUUCUCACAAGAGUGGUAACAGUGACAGUGGUUCAUCAACUGCUUCCGGUUCAUCUGCUUCUGGUUCAUCUGCUUCCUCUACUACCAAAGCCGCUGAAGCUCCAGCUAAUUCUGGUAAAGUAGCUGCUGUCUUUGCUGGUUUCGCUGCUAUUGGUGCCGCUUUAUUCUAA